ACAGGGGUGGACAGGGAAAGGUAGGGGCACUCAGAGAUCCAGCAGGUGCUGCAUCAUGAGUGUCUCUGUGCUGAGCCCCAGCAGACUCCUGGGUGGUGUCUCCGGGAUCCUCCAAGUGGCCUCCCUGCUCAUUCUGCUUCUGCUGCUGAUCAAGGCCGCUCAGCUCUACCUGCACAGGCAGUGGCUGCUCAAAGCCCUCCAGCAGUUCCCGUGCCCUCCCUCCCACUGGUUCUUCGGGCACUUCCAGAAGUUCCAACAGGACCAGGAGUUACAACGGAUUCGGAAAUGGGUGGAGACAUUCCCAAGUGCCUGUCCUCUUUGGCUAUGGGGAGGCAAAGUUCGUGUCCUGCUCUAUGACCCUGACUAUAUGAAGGUGAUUCUGGGGAGAUCAGACCCGAAAUCCCAUGGUUCCUACAGAUUCCUGGCUCCAUGGAUUGGGUACGGCUUGCUCCUGUUGAAUGGGCAGACAUGGUUCCAGCACCGACGGAUGCUGACCCCAGCCUUCCACUAUGACAUCCUGAAGCCCUACGUGGCGCUCAUGGCAGACUCUGUACGAGUGAUGCUGGACAAAUGGGAAAAGCUCCUUGACCAGGAUUCCCCUCUGGAGGUCUUUCAGCACGUCUCGUUGAUGACCCUGGACACCAUCAUGAAGUGUGCCUUCAGCCACCAGGGCAGCAUCCAGGUGGACAGGAAUUCUCAGUCCUACAUCCAGGCCAUUAAUGACCUGAACAACUUGGUUUUUUCCCGUGGGAGGAAUGUGUUUCACCAAAAUGACACCAUCUAUAGCCUGACCUCUACUGGCCGCUGGACACACCGCACCUGCCAGCUCGCCCAUCAGCACACAGACCAAGUGAUCCAACUGAGGAAGGCUCAACUACAGAAGGAAGGGGAGCUGGAGAAGGUCAAGAGGAAGAAGCACUUGGAUUUCCUGGACAUCCUCCUCGUGGCCAAAAUGGAGAAUGGGAGCAUCUUGUCAGACAAGGACCUCCGUGCUGAGGUGGACACGUUCAUGUUCGAGGGCCACGACACCACAGCCAGUGGGAUCUCCUGGAUCCUGUAUGCUCUGGCCACACACCCCAAGCAUCAGGAGAGGUGCCGGGAAGAGAUCCGUGGCCUCCUGGGUGAUGGAGCCUCCAUCACCUGGAACCACCUGGACCAGAUGCCCUACACCACCAUGUGCAUUAAGGAGGCACUGAGACUCUACCCACCGGUGCCAAGCAUUGGCAGAGAGCUCAGCACUCCCGUCACCUUCCCUGAUGGGCGCUCCUUGCCCAAAGGUAUCAUGGUCAUGCUCUCCAUUUAUGGCCUUCACCACAACCCAAAAGUGUGGCCCAACCCAGAGGUGUUUGACCCUUCCCGUUUUGCACCGGGUUCUGCUCAACACAGCCACGCUUUCCUGCCCUUCUCAGGAGGAUCAAGGAACUGCAUCGGGAAACAAUUUGCCAUGAACGAGCUGAAGGUGGCCACGGCCCUGACCCUGCUCCGCUUUGAGCUGCUGCCUGACCCCACCAGGAUCCCCAUCCCCAUGGCACGACUUGUGUUGAAGUCCAAAAAUGGAAUCCACCUGCGUCUCAGGAGGCUCCCUAACCCUUGUGAGGACAAGGACCAGCUUUGAGGGCCUCCACCUGCCAUCCUGUCCUCCUGACCCCCGCUCCUGUCUCCUGUCUGUCUG